GGUGUGGCCUGCGGCGGGGCGUCGGGGAAAGGCGGGGUCUCGGCCGGCGCUGACGCAGCCAUGGCGGAGGCGGCUUUGGAAGCCGUGCGGAGCGAGUUACGAGAAUUCCCGGCCGCUGCGAGGGAGCUCUGUGUGCCUCUUGCUGUGCCCUACCUGGACAAACCCCCAACUCCGCUCCACUUCUACCGGGACUGGGUCUGCCCCAACAGGCCGUGCAUCAUCCGCAACGCUCUGCAGCACUGGCCGGCCCUCCAGAAGUGGUCCCUCCCCUAUUUCAGAACCACAGUGGGCUCCACAGAGGUGAGUGUGGCCGUGACCCCAGAUGGUUAUGCGGAUGCCGUGAGAGGGGAUCGCUUCAUGAUGCCAGCUGAGCGCCACCUGCCCCUGAGCUUCGUGCUGGAUGUGCUGGAGGGCCGGGCCCAGCACCCUGGAGUCCUCUAUGUGCAGAAGCAGUGCUCCAACCUGCCCACCGAGCUGCCCCAGCUGCUGCCUGAUCUGGAAUCCCAUGUGCCCUGGGCCUCCGAAGCCCUGGGAAAGAUGCCCGAUGCUGUGAACUUCUGGCUGGGGGAGGUGGCUGCGGUGACUUCUCUGUACAAGGACCACUAUGAGAACCUCUACUGCGUGGUCUCAGGAGAGAAGCAUUUCUUGUUCCAUCCUCCCAGCGACCGGCCCUUCAUCCCCUAUGAGCUGUACACGCCGGCAACCUACCAGCUAACUGAAGAGGGCACCUUUAAGGUGGUGGAUGAAGAGGCCAUGGAGAAGGUGCCCUGGAUCCCACUGGACCCCUUGGCGCCAGACCUAGCACGGUACCCUAGUUACAGUCAGGCCCAGGCCCUUCGCUGCACGGUGCGGGCCGGUGAGAUGCUCUAUCUGCCGGCUCUGUGGUUCCACCAUGUCCAGCAGUCCCAGGGCUGCAUCGCAGUGAAUUUCUGGUAUGACAUGGAAUACGACCUCAAGUAUAGUUACUUCCAGCUGCUCGACUCCCUCACCAAGGCUUCAGGCCUUGACUGAUGGAGCACUGGUGAACACGACCAAGCACGCCUUGGGGGACGGGGCCAGC